AUGGAGAUCAGAGUCCACCUCUGCAGGGAGCCGCCCGUCUACACAGCCGCUGACGAGGUCUCCGGGCACGUCAUUCUCACCACAGAAACACAGGCGGACAUUUCUGCGGUGUCAGUAAAGCUGGCAGGAGUGGCGACGACAGGACUACUCUCUGGGAAGCUACUUGAAACACAUCAGAUCGUCAACAUAAGGGAGCAGCUCUUCCCACCCAGUAACUGCGCAAGUGCUUUUUCUUCCCGGUCUGCAACUGUCCCAGCGGGAAGGCAUGUCUUUCCCUUUUCAAUCAAGUUCCCGCAAGCAACACAAUGCUCCAAGACCCCAUUCCAGGGAAACGAGCAGCGAAGCAGCACCGGCGCAAGUAGAAAGACGCACCAUCUUCUACGCAAGCUACCUCCAUCGACAGGGAAUAGCUCAUCGCCAGAGGAGAUCAGAUAUGUUGUGGAAGCAUCCGUCCGACAGGACGGUAUCAUUCGGACAACGAAGAAAGCUACGCGCGAUAUACAUUUCCAACUCACAUCAAUCCUAGUCCCGCCCUUGCAUGCACAAGUCAUCCACACACAGACGCAGAGGAUCACCUGCAGUGCUGGUGCUAACUCGACAUUCCUCUCCCCACCAAUAACAUGCGAAGUCCAAGCAAAACUCCUCAACGGGCCCUUUCUAGUCACAGGCCAGCCCAUACCUCUAUCCGUGGAUGUCCUCAACAUGAACCUGGAGUCGAGCACGGGUACAGACCCCCGGCAAGCCCACGUCCCAGUACCAAUACCAAUAACCCUGCACGACUUCCAGACCAUGCUUAUUGAGACAACCGAGACCCGGGCGCGCGGCGCGGUAGACUCUCAGACCCGAUUCUGGGUCGUGCAGACGAUGGCCAACCUGCGGCAUCCAUUUGUCGCUGCAGCUGGAAAUGGGGGCGCCGGUUGGAACGGGGCGUCGGCACUCAUGCUCGACCGGAGCCUCUGGGCCCAGUACUGCAUCUCAUCUUCUCUGACGCCGACGUUUGAGACGUGCAAUAUCAGCCGGAGCUAUAAGCUGGAGGUACGGCUAGGCAUUGGGUUUGGCGGGAAUAAUGUGAGGAUCGUCGAGUUUCAGUUCCCUAUCCAAGUUGUCUCCCUCGCUGGCCCGAGGGUUGAAACGAAGAGCGGGUCCGAGGCUUCUGCUGAGUUUGAGGAGCCAGCGCCAGCAUAUUAUGAGAAGGAGGCGUUUGCGAAGGAAUUGGAGUUUGGGUUGUAA